CACUCCUCGUUCAGCGGUGCACCUCGCUUCCUAACCCGGCCCAAGGCCUUCGUGGUGUCGGUGGGCAAAGACGCCACGCUGAGCUGCCAGAUCGUGGGCAACCCCACACCGCAGGUAAGCUGGGAGAAGGACCUGCAGCAGGUGGAGGCGGGCACUCGCUUCCGCCUGGCCCAGGACGGCGACCUGUACCGCCUCACCAUCUUGGACCUGGCACUGGGUGACAGUGGGCAGUAUGUAUGCCGUGCGCGCAAUGCCAUCGGCGAAGCCUUCGCGGCGGUCGGCCUGCAGGUGGACGCCGAGGCAGCGUGCGCCGAGCAGGCACCCCACUUUCUGCUGCGGCCCACAUCCAUCCGCGUGCGCGAGGGAGCCGAGGCCACCUUCCGCUGCCGCGUGCGCGGUUCGCCGCCGAUGUCUGUGAGCUGGGCCAAGGAUGGGCGGCGCCUGGGCGCGCUGGACGCUCCCCGAGUGCGCGUGGAGGCGAGCGGCGAGGCGAGCGCGCUGCGCAUCCUGGCUGCGCGGCCGCGCGACAGCGGCACUUACACGGUGCACGCGGAGAACCCGCUGGGCGCCGCUAGCGCCGCCGCCGGGCUUGCAGUGGACACGGAAACAGACACAGACGGCCCGCCUGGGGCCUCCACGGCCAUGCUCCUGGCGCACCUGCAGCUGCGGCGCGAGGCCAUGCGCACCGAGGGCGCCCCGGCAUCGCCGCCCAGCGCCUGCACGCGCACCUGCACGGUGACUGAGGGCAAGCACGCGCGCCUCAGCUGCUUCGUGACGGGUGAGCCCAAGCCCGAGGUCGUGUGGAAGAAAGAUGGGCAGCUGGUGGCUGAGGGCCGGCGACAUGUGGUGUACGAGGACGCUCAGGAGAACUUCGUGCUCAAGAUCCUCUUCUGCAAGCAGUCAGACCGUGGCCUCUAUACUUGCACGGCGUCCAACCUCGUGGGCCAGACCUACAGCUCCGUGCUAGUCGUCGUGCGAGAGCCCAAGGUGCCCUUCAGAAAGCGGCUGCAAGACCUGGAGGUGCCAGAGGAAGCGUCGGCCACGUUCCAGUGUGAGGUGCCACAGCCACCCAUGGAGACUGCGUGGUAUAAGGAGGAGACGCGGCUGUGGGCCGGUGCCAAGUACCUCAUCGAGGAGGCAGGCGCUGAGCGCCGGCUGACCGUGCUCAACGUCACCUCCGAUGACGAUGCUGUGUACAUCUGUGAGACGGCAGAGGGCAGUCGCACGGUGGCCGAGCUGGCGGUGCAAGGCAACCUCCUUCGAAAGCUCCCGAGGAAGACAGCUGGGCGAGUGGGAGACACGGCCGUGUUCUGUGUGGAGCUGGCCAAGCCAGAGGGCCCCAUCCACUGGCUGUGGAACCAGCAGGAGGUGGUGGCCGGGGGCCGGGUGGCCAUUACUGCCGAAGGCACGUGCCACACGCUGACCGUCUCCCAGUGCAGCCUGGACGAUGCCGGUGAGGUGGCCUUUGUGGCUGGGGGCUGCCGGACGUCCACCCAGUUCUGCGUGUCAGCCCCCAGAAGGCCGCUCCUGCGUGCUCCUGAGGCCCCUGUGGUGAAGGCCAGGACAGAGAGUUCCGUGACCCUUGGCUGGUCACCACCACCCCAUGGGGACCGCCCUGUUGCUAUCGAUGGCUACCUGGUGGAGAGGAAGAGAGUGGGCACCUACCCCUGGAGCCGGUGCCAUGAAGACGAGUGGGUGGCAAUGCCUGAGCUGACUGUGGCUGGCGUGGCCGAGGAGGGGGAAUUCCAGUUCAGGGUGUCAGCUGUGAACAGCUUUGGCCACAGCCCCUACCUCGAGUUCCCGGGAACUGUACACCUGGCCCCCCAGCUGGCUGUGAAAACACCUCUGAAGGUGGUAGAGGCAGUGGAAGGCGGCGAGGUGACCUUCUCUGUGGACCUCACUACGGCCUCAGCAGGGGAGUGGUUCCUGGACGGACAGGCCCUGAAGGCCAGCAGCGUGUAUGUGAUACACUGUGAUGGCACCCGGCACACUCUCACCAUUCGCUUGGUGCCUGUCAGCCUGCACGGGGCCGAGCUCAAGUUCGUGGCCAAUGGUAUCGAGAGCAGCAUCCGCAUGGAGGUCCGAGCAGCCCCGGGGCUGACGACCAAGUGUCCGGCAGCAGCAGUGGCAGCACGGGAGGUGCUGGCCCGGCUGCAUGAGGAGGCCCAGCUCCUGGCCGAGUUAUCGGACCAGGCUGCAGCUGUGACGUGGCUCAAGGACGGACACGCACUGUCUCCAGGCCCCAAGUAUGAGGUGCAGGCGUCAGCCGGGCAGCGGGCACUGCUAGUGCGGGACGUGAAGCGAGAAGACGCAGGGCUGUAUGAGUGUGUCAGCCACGGGGACCGCAUCGCCUACCAACUAUUGGUGCAAGGUGACACCAGUGCCUCACAUCCUUUUUUGCACAAGGACGUGGCUGGUGGCUGUGUGGAUGCCAUGGCCGGGGGCUCAGCCCAUUUUGAAUACAAAACUUCAGAGGCCCACGUUGUACACUGGCACAAGGAUGGCGUGGAGCUUGGUCACUCCUGCCAGUACUUCUCACAGGAGGACAUGGGCACACGGCACCGGCUGGUGGCUACCUCAGUCACCGUGCAGGAUGAAGGCACCUACUUGUGCCAAGUGGGCGAGGACUCUGUGGACUUCCGGUCGCGUGUCUCCCUCAGCGAUGCUGCCAAGGAGCAGCCAGCACUCAGGGAGGUACAGGCCGAGGUGGGGGCCAGUGCCACACUGAGCUGUGAGGUAGCCCUGGCCCAGAUGGAGGUGACAUGGUACAAGGAUGAGAAGAAGCUGAGUGUGAGCUCAAAAGUGUGCAUGGAGGCCAAGGGCUGCAGCCGGCAGCUGGUGGUGCAGCAGGUGGGGAAUAGGGACGCUGGGGAGUACAGCUGUGAGGAGGGGCAGAAGGUCUCCUUCCGCCUGGGUGUCACAGAGGCCACGCUGAUAUUUGCCAAGGAGCAUCCAGCAUGCAAGGAAGUGCAGGAUGAGGUGGGGACGAGCACCAUGCUAAGCUGUGAGGGCCAGGCCCAGACAGAGGUGAUAUGGUUCAAGGAGGGAAAGAAACUGAGUUCAAGCUCAAAAGUGUGUGUGGAGGCCAGGAAGGGCUGCACCCCGAGGCUGGUGGUGCAGCAGGUAGGCAAGGUAGAUGCUGGGGAGUACAGCUGAGAGGCCAGGAGCUGGAAGAUCUUCUUCCACCUCAACAUCACAGAGUCCUCUGCGGUGUUUAUCAAGGGGCAGCCAGCACAUAAAGAGGUUCAGGCCAUGGUGGGGGCCAGCACCACACUGAGCUGCGAGGUGGCCCAGGCCCAAAUGGAGGUGAUGUGGUACAAGAACAGGAAGAAGCUGAAUUCGAGCUCCAAAGUGCAUGUGGAGGCCAAGGGCUGCACCCGGAGGCUGGUGGUGCAGAAGGUGGGCAAGGCAGACGCCGGGGAGUACAGCUGCGAGGCCAGGGGCCAGAAGGUCUCCUUCCACCUGGAUGUCACAGAGCCCAAGGUGGUGUUUGCCAAGGAGCAGCCGGCACGCAGUGAAGUGCAGGCCGUGGCGGGGGCCAGUGCCACGCUGAGCUGCGAGGUGGCCCAGGCCCAGACGGAGGUGACGUGGUACAAGGAUGGAAAGAAGCUGAGUUCGAGCUCGAAAGUGCGUGUGGAGGCCACGGGCCGAGGGCGGCGGCUGGUGGUGCAGCAGGCGGGCAAGGCAGACGCCGGGGAGUACAGCUGCGAGGCCGGGGGCCAGCGGGUCUCCUUCCACCUGGAUGUCACAGCCCUGUCCCCAGAGCCCAAGGUGGUGUUUGCCAAGGAGCAGCCGGCACGCAGUGAAGUGCAGGCCGUGGCGGGGGCCAGUGCCACGCUGAGCUGCGAGGUGGCCCAGGCCCAGACGGAGGCGACGUGGUACAAGAACAGGAAGAAGCUGUGUUCGAGCUCAAAAGUGCGUGUGGAGGCCAAGGGCUGCACCCGGAGGCUGGUGGUGCAGCAGGCGGGCAAGGCAGACGCCGGGGAGUACAGCUGCGAGGCCGGGGGCCAGCGGGUCUCCUUCCACCUGGAUGUCACAGAGCCCAAGGUGGUGUUUGCCAAGGAGCAGCCGGCACGCAGUGAAGUGCAGGCCGUGGCGGGGGCCAGUGCCACGCUGAGCUGCGAGGUGGCCCAGGCCCAGACGGAGGUGACGUGGUACAAGGAUGGAAAGAAGCUGAGUUCGAGCUCGAAAGUGCGUGUGGAGGCCACGGGCCGAGGGCGGCGGCUGGUGGUGCAGCAGGCGGGCAAGGCAGACGCCGGGGAGUACAGCUGCGAGGCCGGGGGCCAGCGGGUCUCCUUCCACCUGGAUGUCACAGAGCCUAUGGUGGUGUUUGCCAAGGAGCAGCCGGCACGCAGUGAUGUGCAGGCCGUGGCGGGGGCCAGUGCCACGCUGAGCUGCGAGGUGGCCCAGGCCCAGACGGAGGCAACGUGGUACAAGAACAGGAAGAAGCUGUGUUCGAGCUCAAAAGUGCGUGUGGAGGCCAAGGGCUGCACCCGGAGGCUGGUGGUGCAGCAGGCGGGCAAGGCAGACGCCGGGGAGUACAGCUGCGAGGCCGGGGGCCAGAAGGUCUCCUUCCACCUGGAUGUCACAGAGCCGGAACUUGAGCCCCCGACCGUGGAGAGACCCCGACGCAGGGAACCUCUAGUGGUCAGGGAACACGAGGACAUCGUCCUGACAGCCACGCUGGCCACACCCUCUGUGGCCGCGGUGAUGUGGCUCAAGGAUGGUGUGGAGAUUCGCAGCAGCAAGCGGCACGAGACGGCCAGCCUGGGGGACACCCACACCCUGACUGUGCGUGGCGCGCAGAUCCUGGACAGUGCCGUCUACUGCUGCCUCCUGGGCGCAGAGGAGCAGGACUUCCCGGUGCAGGUGGAAGAGGUGGCUGCCAAGUUCUGCCGUCCCCUGGAGCCGGUGAGCGGGGAGCUGGGUGGCACAGUGAAACUGGUCUGCGAGCUGAGCCCGGCGCAGGCCCAGGUGGUGUGGCGCCGCGGGAGCACGCAACUCCGGGCCGGCAAACGCUUCCAGAUGGCGGCUGCGGGGCUUCAGCGCUCGCUCACUGUGUCGGGCCUGCGGGCAGAAGAUGCGGGGGAGUACGUGUGCGAGAGCCGCGAUGACCACACCAGUGCCAUGCUCACCGUGAGCGUCCCCCGCGUGGUCAAGUUCACGUCCGGGCUGAGCGCGGUGGUCGCGGAGGAGGGCUGCGAGGCCACCUUCCAGUGCAUGGUGACUCCCAGCGACGUGGCGGUGACGUGGUUCCGGGAUGGCGUCAGGCUACAGUCCAGCGAGAAGUUUCUCAUAUCGCAGAAGGGUGCCAGCCACAGCCUGACUAUCUUGGGCCUGGCCCUGGAGGAUGCCGGCCAGAUCACCGCGGAGGCUGAGGGCAUCGAGACCGUGGCUGCCCUCCGGGUCCGAGAGGCCCCAGUGUUGUUCAAAAAAAAGCUGGAGCCACAGAAUGUGGAGGAGCGGAGCUCGGUGACCAUGGAGGUGGAGCUGACGCGGCCAUGGCCGGAGGUCAAGUGGACACGCAACGCCACGGCCCUGGUGGCAGGCGAGAAUGUGGAGAUACACGCUGAGGGCUCAAGUCACCGCUUGGUUCUCCGCAGCGUGGGUUUCACUGACCGUGGUUUCUAUGGCUGCGAGACAGCAGAUGAUAAGACGCAGGCCAAGCUGACUGUGGAAAUGCGCCAGGUCCGGCUUGUGCGGGGCCUGCAGACAGUGGAGGUGCAGGAGCAGGGCACAGCCACAAUGGAAGUAGAGCUGUCCCAUGCUGAUGUGGAGGGCAGCUGGACUCGAGAUGGCCUUCGGCUCCAGCCAGGACCCACGUGCCAGCUGGUGGUGCACGGCCCCACCCAUACCCUUACGCUGUCUGGGCUGCAGAGGCAGGACAGUGGCCUGGUUUCCUUCAGGGCGGAGGGCGUGCACACAUCUGCGCGGCUGGUGGUCACUGAGCUGCCUGUGAAGUUCAGCCACCCUCUGCAGGAUGUGGUGGCCACGGAAAAGGACAAGGUGGUCCUGGCCUGUGAGCUCUCACGCCCCAAUGUGGAUGUGCGCUGGUUGAAGGACGGUGUGGAGCUGCGGGGGAGCAAGACGGUGGGCAUGGUGGCCCAGGGGGCCUGCAGGAGUCUCAUCAUUUACCGAUGUGAGCUUGGGGACCAGGGCGUGUAUGUGUGUGAUGCCCACGAUGCUCAGAGCUCAGCCUCCCUGAAGGUGCAAGGCCAAAAUGUCCAGAUCGUGAGGCCUCUGGAGGAUGUGGAAGCGAUGGAGAGGGAGGGUGCCACCUUCUCCUGCGAGGUCUCCCACGAUGAGGUGCCUGCCCAGUGGUUCCGGGAGGGCAGCAAGCUUCGGCCCAGUGACAAUGUGCGGAUCCGCCAGGAAGGAAGGACAUAUACUCUCAUCUAUCGGCGGGUCCUGGUGGAAGAUGCAGGGGAAAUCAAAUUUGUGGCACAACGUGCAGAAUCACGAGCCCAGCUCCGAGUAAAAGAGCUGCCAGUAUCCAUCCUACGCCCGCUGCGGGACAAAAUCGCAAUAGAGAAGCACCGGGGUGUGCUCGAGUGCCAGAUGUCGAGGGCCAGCGCCCAGGUGCGGUGGUUCAAGGGCAGCGUGGAACUGCAGCCUGGGGCCAAGUAUGAGAUGGUCAGUGACGGCCUCUACCGCCAGCUAGUCAUCAACGCAGUCCAGCCUGAGGACGAGGACACUUAUACCUGUGAUGCUGGCGAUGUUAAGACCAGUGCCCAGUUCUUUGUGGAAGAGAAAUCCAUCACUAUCGUGCGGGGCCUGCAGGAUGUGACGGUGACGGAGCCUGCCCCUGCCUGGUUCGAGUGUGAGACCUCCAUCCCCUCAGUGCGGCCGCCUAAGUGGCUCCUGGGGAAGACAGUGCUGCAGGCAGGGGCUGACGUGGAAAUGGAACAGGAGGGCACAGUGCACCGGCUGACGCUGCGGCGUACCUGCUCCACCAUGACAGGGCCGGUGCACUGCACCAUUGGCAAAUCACGCUCCACCGCCUGCCUGGUGGUCUCAGACAUUCCUGUGGUGCUCACGCGGCCACUAGAGCCCAAGGUGGGGCGCGAGCUGCAGUCGGUAGUCCUCUCCUGUGACUUCAAGCCACCCCCCAAGACCGUGCAGUGGUACAAGGCGGAGACACCCCUGGUGCCAUCUGACAAGUUCAAGAUGAGGCUGGAGGGCCACAUGGCAGAGCUGUGCAUCCUGCGGCUCACACCCGCGGAUGCUGGUGUCUACCGGUGCCAGGCCGGCAGUGCCCAGAGCAGCGCUGAGGUUACUGUGGAAGUGCGGGAGGUGACGGUGACGCAGCCACUGCAGGACUUGGAGGUCACGGAGGAGGGCUGUGCCUGCUUCUCCUGCGAGCUGUCCCACGAGGACGAGGAGGUGGAGUGGUCGCUCAAUGGGACGCCACUGUAUAACGACAGCUUACACGAGAUUACCCAUGAGGGCCGCCGCCACACGCUGGUGCUGAAGCAGGUCCAACGGGCUGACACGGGCACUGUAUGCGCCUCCUCGCCCAAGGUUAUGGCCUCGGCCCGCCUGGAGGUCAAAGGGAAGCCGGUGGUGUUCCUGAAGGCGUUGGACGACGUGUCCGUGGAGGAGUGGGGCACGCUGGCCUUGCGGUGCGAGGUCUCUGACCACCAGGCUCGUGUGGUGUGGCGAAAGGAUGGCAUGGAGUUGGGCCCCAGUGACAAGUAUGAAUUCCUGUACACAGCGGGCACUCGGGGACUCGUGGUGCACAACCUGAGCAGGGACGAUGCUGGCCUGUACACCUGCGAUGUGGGCACUGAUGAGACCCGUGCCCAUGUCAGCGUGCACGACCUGCACGUGGGCAUCACCAAGAGGCUGAAGACAGUGGAGGUGAUGGAGGGCGAGAGCUGCAGCUUUGAGUGCGUCCUGUCCCAUGAGAACACUAGCGAUGUUGCUGUAUGGAUGGUUGGUGGGAAAACGGUGGGCAGCUCUGGCCGCUUCUGGGCCACACGCCAGGGCCGCAAGUAUACGCUGGCUGUCCGAGAUGCUCUGCCAAGUGACGCUGGGGAGGUGGUCUUCUCUGUGCGGGGCCUCACCUCCAAGGCCUCGCUCAUCAUCAGAGAGAGGCCAAUUGACAUUAUGAAGCCACUGGAAGACCAGCGGGCCAUGCUGGGUGAGGAUGUGGUGCUGAGGUGUGAGCUGUCACGGGAGGGGACCCCAGUGUGCUGGCUGAAGGACGGGAAAGCCAUUCGCAAGAGUCGGAAGUAUGAGCUUCUCAUCGAAGGCACUCGAGCCAUGCUGGUCAUCCAUGCAGCCUCACUCAAAGAUUCUGGCGAGUACACGUGUGAGACAGAGUCUUCCAAAAGCACAGCCAGCCUCCGAGUGGAAGAAAAGCCAAACCAGUUCACGGAGGAGCUGGCUGACCUGCAGGUACAGGAGAAGGGCGCAGCUGUGUUCGCCUGCAAGACGGAGCGCCCCGCGGCCUCAGUGACCUGGCGCAAGGGCCUCACAGAGCUGCAAACCUCGGAGAAGCAUGCUCCCAGCCAGGAGGGCCUGACCUUGAGGCUCACCAUCAGCGCCCUGGAGGAGGCGGACAGUGACACUUACACCUGUGACAUCGGCCAGGCCCAGUCCCAGGCUCGGCUCCUGGUGAAAGGCCAGAAAGUGCUCAUCACGGAGGACCUGAAGGACUUGGAGGUGCAGGAGGGCUCCUCGGCCACCUUUUGCUGCCGUAUCUCCCCUGCCGACUACAAGCCGGUCCACUGGUUCUUGGACAAAACCCCACUGUCUGCCAAUGAACUCAGUGAGAUCGAGGUCCAGCCAGGUGGCUACCAUGUGCUUACCCUGCGGCAGCUGGCCCUCAAGGACUCAGGCACCAUCCAUUUUGAGGCAGGCGACCAGCGGACCUCAGCUGCCUUGCAGGUCACAGAGAAGCCAGGUGUUUUCUCCCGGGAGCUCACAGAUGCCACAGUCAUGGAAGGGGAAGAUCUGACCCUUGUCUGUGAGACUGCUGCUUUAGACAACCCUGUGUGCUGGACCAAGGAUGGGAAGGCCCUGCGGCCGUCGGCUCGGUGCCGUCUGAGCUAUGAGGGCCGCAGAGCCCAACUGGUCAUCACUGACACCACCCUUCAGGACGGUGGGUGCUACAAGUGUGAGGCUGGCGGUGCCUGGAGCAGCUCCAUUGUCAGGGUCCAUGCUCAGCCAGUGCGGUUCCGAGAGGGGCUGAAGGACAUGGAGGUACUGGAGGGUGGUGCUGCCACACUACGCUGCAUGCUGUCAUCGGUGGCCAUGCCCGUGGAGUGGCGUCAUGGAGAUGAGGUUGUGCAGCCUGGAGGCAAGUACAGCCUGCGGCAGGAGGGUACCAUGCUGGAACUGCUCAUCCGGGACCUGCGGCCUCAGGACAGCGGGCAGUACUCCUGCUGCUUCAGGGACCAGAUAACAUUGGCCAGGCUCACCGUACAGGCCCUACCUGCUGAGUUCAUAGGAAGACUGAGAAGCAAGGAGGCCACAGAAGGGACCACGGCCAAGCUGUGCUGUGAGCUGAGCAAGGCAGCCCCUGUGGAGUGGAGGAAGGGGCCUGAGACCCUCAGAGCUGGAGACAGAGUGAGCCUGAGGCAGGAUGGAGCUGUGUGUGAGCUGGAGAUCCGUGGCCUGACCGUGGAGGAUGCUGGGGAGUACUCGUGCGUGUGCGGGCAGGAGAGGACAUCAGCCACGCUCACCGUCAGGGGCCUGCCUGCCAAGUUCAUAAAGGGUCUGAGGAAGGAAGAGGCCACGGAAGGGGCCACGGCCACGCUGCGCUGUGAGCUGAGCAAGGCAGCCCCUGUGGAGUGGAGGAAGGGACCCGAGACCCUCAGAGCUGGAGACAGAGUGAGCCUGAGGCAGGACGGAGCCGUGUGUGAGCUGGAGAUCUGUGGCCUGCUUGUGGCAGAUGCCGGGGAGUACUUGUGCGUGUGCGGGCAGGAGAGAACAGCGGCCAGGCUGACUGUCAGGGCCCUGCCCACCAAGUUCACAAAAGGUCUGAGGAAGGAGGAGGCCACAGAAGGGACCACGGCCACACUGCGCUGCGAGCUGAGCAGGACUGCCCCCGUGGAGUGGAGGAAGGGGCCCGAGAUCCUCAGAGCCGGGGACAGAGUGAGCCUGAAGCAGGACGGGGCCGUGUGUGAGCUGGAGAUCCGUGGCCUGGCUGUGGCGGACACUGGGGAGUACUCGUGUGUGUGCGGGCAGGAGAGAACCUCAGCCACACUCACUGUCAGGGCCCUGCCUGCCAAGUUCACAAAGGGUCUGAAGAAUGAAGAAGCCAUGGAAGGGGCUACAGCCACCCUGCGCUGUGAGCUGAGCAAGGCGGCCCCUGUGGAGUGGAGGAAGGGGCCCGAGACCCUCAAACCUGGCGACAGAGUGAGCCUGAAGCAGGAUGGGGCCAAGUGUGAGCUGCAGAUACACGGCCUGGUUGUGGCAGACGCCGGGGAGUACUCGUGUGUGUGCGGGCAGGAGAGGACUUCUGCCACACUGGCCAUCAGGGCCCUGCCUGCUCGGUUCAUCCAAGAUCUGAAGACCAAGGAGGCCACAGAAGGGGCCACUGCCAUACUGCACUGUGAGCUGAGCAAGGAAGCCCCGGUGGAGUGGAGGAAGGGGCCCAAGGCCCUCAGAGCCGGGGGCAGAGUGAGGCUGAGGCAGGACGGAGCCAUGUGUGAGAUGGUGAUCUGUGGCCUGGUUGUGGCAGAUGCUGGGGAGUACUCAUGCGUGUGUGGGCAGGAGAAAACCUCAGCCAUGCUCACCAUCAGGGCCCUACCUGCUGAGUUCAUAGGAAGACUGAGAAGCAAGGAGGCCACAGAAGGGACCACGGCCACACUGCACUGUGAGCUGAGCAAGGAAGCUGCUGUGGAGUGGAAGAAGGGGCCUGAGACCCUCAGAGCUGGAGACAGAGUGAGCCUGAGGCAGGACGGAGCCGUGUGUGAGCUGGAGAUCCGUGGCCUGACCGUGGAGGAUGCUGGGGAGUACUCGUGCGUGUGCGGGCAGGAGAGGACAUCAGCCACGCUCACCGUCAGGGGCCUUCCUGCCAAGUUCACAAAGGGUCUGAGGAAGGAAGAGGCCAUGGAAGGGGCCAUGGUCAUGCUGCACUGUGAACUGAGCAAGGCAGCCCCUGUGGAAUGGAGGAAGGGGCCCGAGACCCUCAGAGCCGGGGACAGAGUGAGCCUGAGGCAGGAUGGGGCCAUGUGUGAGCUGGAGAUCCAUGGACUGACUGUGGCAGAUGCUGGGGAGUACUCGUGUGUGUGCGGGCAGGAGAAGACAUCAGCCAUGCUCACCGUCAGGGGCCUGCCUGCCAAGUUCACAAAGGGUCUGAGGAAGGAAGAGGCCAUGGAAGGGGCCAUGGCCAUGCUGUGCUGUGAGCUGAGCAAGGCAGCCCCUGUGGAGUGGAGGAAGGGGCCUGAGACCCUGAGACCCGGAGACAGAGUGAGCCUGAGGCAGGACGGGGCCGUGUGUGAGCUGGAGAUCCAUGGCCUGGUUGUGGCAGAUGCCGGGGAGUACUCAUGCGUGUGUGGUCAGGAAAAAACCUCAGCCACGCUCACUAUCAGGGGCCUGCCUGCCAAGUUCACAAAGGGUCUGAGGAAGGAAGAGGCCAUGGAAGGGGCCACGGCCAUGCUGCGCUGUGAGCUGAGCAAGGCAGCCCCUGUGGAGUGGAUGAAGGGGCCCGAGACCCUCAGAGCCGGGGACAGAGUGAGCCUGAGGCAGGAAGGGGCCGUGUGUGAGCUGGAGAUCCGUGACCUAGUUGUGGCAGAUGCCGGGGAGUACUCGUGUGUGUGUGGUCAGGAGAAAACCUCAUCCACACUCACUAUCAGGGCCCUUCCCACCAAGUUCACAAAGGGUCUGAGGAAGAAGGAGGCCACAGAAGGGGCCACGGCCACACUGCACUGCGAGCUGAGCAAGGCAGCCCCUGUGGAGUGGAGGAAGGGGCCUGAGACCCUCAGAGCUGGAGACAGAGUGAGCCUGAGGCAGGCUGGAGCUGUGUGUGAGCUGGAGAUCCGUGGCCUGACCGUGGAGGAUGCUGGGGAGUACUCGUGUGUGUGCGGGCAGGAGAGGACAUCAGCCACGCUCACCGUCAGGGGCAUGCCUGCCAAGUUCACAAAGGGUCUGAGGAAGGAAGAGGCCAUGGAAGGGGCCACGGCCAUGAUGCGCUGUGAGCUGAGCAAGGCAGCCCCUGUGGAGUGGAUGAAGGGGCCCGAGACCCUCAGAGCCGGGGACAGAGUGAGCCUGAGGCAGGAAGGGGCCGUGUGUGAGCUGGAGAUCCGUGACCUAGUUGUGGCAGAUGCCGGGGAGUACUCGUGUGUGUGUGGUCAGGAGAAAACCUCAUCCACACUCACUGUCAGGGCCCUUCCCACCAAGUUCACAAAGGGUCUGAGGAAGAAGGAGGCCACAGAAGGGGCCACGGCCACACUGCACUGCGAGCUGAGCAAGGCAGCCCCUGUGGAGUGGAGGAAGGGGCCUGAGACCCUCAGAGCUGGAGACAGAGUGAGCCUGAGGCAGGACGGAGCCGUGUGUGUGCUGGAGAUCCAUGGCCUGACCGUGGAGGAUGCUGGGGAGUACUCGUGUGUGUGCGGGCAGGAGAGGACAUCAGCCAUGCUCACCGUCAGGGGCCUUCCUGCCAAGUUCACAAAGGGUCUGAGGAAGGAAGAGGCCACAGAAGGGGCCACGGCCAUGCUGUGCUGUGAGCUGAGCAAGGCAGCCCCUGUGGAGUGGAGGAAGGGGCCCGAGACCCUCCGAGCCGGGGACAGAGUGAGCCUGAGGCAGGAUGGGGCCACAUGUGAGCUGGAGAUUCGUGGCCUGGUUAUGGUGGAUGCUGGGGAGUACUCUUGUGUGUGCGGGCAGGAGAGGACCUCUGCCAUGCUGACCAUUAGGGCCCCACAGGUGGUGUUCAGAAAGCCACUGCAGAGCCUGCAGGCUGAGGAGGGCACCUCAGCCAGCCUGCGGUGUGAGCUGUCUGAGCCUAGCGCCACUGUGGUCUGGAGUAAGGGUGGCCUGGAGCUGCAGGCUGACGAACGCUGGGAGCCACAGCAGCGGGGCCACAUGGCGGAGCUGGUGCUUCGGGACUUGCGCCGGGAGGACACUGGAGAAUACACCUGCAUCUGCGGCUCCCAGGCCACCAGCGCCACCCUCACCGUCACAGUUGCACCCGUGAGGUUCCUUCGGGAGCUGCAGGCCCAGGAGGUAGACGAGGGUGCAACGGCACACCUGCGCUGUGAGCUGAGCCGGGCAGGCGCCAGCGUGGAGUGGCGCAAGGGCUACCUGCAGCUCUUCCCCUGUGCCAAGUACCAGAUGGUGCUGGAGGGCACAGCCGCUGAGCUGCUGGUGCACGGUGCUGAGCAGGAGGAUGCCGGCCACUACACCUGCGACACAGGCCAUGCACAGAGCACUGCCAGCCUCUCUGUCCGCGCCCCUAGGCCCACGUUUAAGACGGAGCUGCAGAGUGCAGAGCAGGAGGCAGGUGGUGUGGCCCGGCUGUGCUGCCAGCUGAAUGACUCAGAGCCUGGGGCCCCGGUUCUGUGGCUCAAGGAGGGUGUGGAACUGCAAGGGAGUCCCAAGUAUGAGAUGCGACACAAGGGGGCCACGUGUGAGCUGCUGAUCCACGGAUUUGAGGCCAAGGACACGGGCGAGUACACCUGCAUGGUGGGCAGCCAGAAAACCUUGGCCUCCCUCACAGUCAAAGAGCCUGAGGUGACCAUUGUGCGGGGCCUGGUUGACACCGAGGUGCAGGCCGCCGGGGAAGCAGAGUUCAGCUGUGAAGUGUCGCGGGCUGAGUCCAUGGACGUGGAGUGGCGCCUCCAGGGCCUGCCACUGCAGAGCAGUGAGGUGACAGAAGUGGCCGUGCGGGGUGGCCGCACCCAUACACUGCGGCUAAAGAGCGUGACUCCCGAGGAUGCGGGCACUGUCUCCUUCCGCGUGGGCCUCCACACAUCCUCUGCCCAACUCACCGUCACAGCCCCUGAGGUGACCAUCCUGGAGCCCCUGCAGGAUGUGCAGCUCAGCGAGGGCCAGGAUGCCCACUUCCAGUGCCGACUGUCAAGGACCUUGGGCCAGGAGGCCCACUGGGCCCUGGGAGGGGUGCCCCUGCAGGCCAACGAGAUGAACGACAUCACGGUGGAGCAUGGCACACUCCACUUGCUCACCCUGCACAAGGUGACCCCUGAAGAUGCCGGAACCAUCAGUUUCCAAGUGGGCUCAUGUCGCUCAGAGGCCCAGCUGAAGGUCUCAGCCAAGAACACUGUGGUGAGAGGCCUGGAAAACGUGGAGGUGCCUGAGGGCGGUGAGGCGCUGUUCGAGUGCCUCUUGUCCCAGCCGGAGGUGGCCGCCCAUACCUGGCUGCUGGAUGAUGAGCCGGUGCGCACCUCUGAGAACGCCGAGGUGGUUUACUUUGAGGACGGCCUGCGGCACCUGCUGCUGCUCAAAAACCUGCAGCCUCGAGACAGCUGCCGGGUGACCUUCCUGGCGGGGGACGUGGUGACAUCUGCAUUCCUCACAGUCCGGGGCUGGCGCUUGGAGGUCUUGGAGGCACCCCGGGACGCAGCUGUGCUGGCCGGGGGUCGGGCCAGCUUCAGCUGCACGCUCAGCGAGACAGUGCCGGUGGGUGAGGCGACGUGGUACAUAAAUGGAGCCUCGGUGCAGCCUGACGACGCAGACUGGACAGUCACCGCUGAAGGCAGCCACCACACCCUGCUGCUGCACCGGGCCCGGCUGCACCAUGCCGGCGAGGUCACCUUUGCUGCCCGUGAUGCCGUGGCCUCUGCGAGGCUCACUGUGCUGGGCCUCCCCGACCCCCCAGAGGACGCAGAGGUGGUGGGGCGCAGUAGCAGCUCAGUGACACUGUCUUGGGUGGCUCCCACGAGUGAUGGCGGAGGUGGUCUCUGUGGCUAUCGGGUAGAGGUGAAGGCAGCGGCCACAGGAGAGUGGCAGCUGUGCCACGAGCUGGUGCCCGGGCCCGAGUGCCUGGUGGAUGGCCUGGUCCCCGGGGAGACCUACCGCUUCCGUGUGGCUGCAGUGGGUGCAGCAGGCGCUGGGGAGCCUGUGUACCUGCCCCAGACAGUGAGGCUUGCAGAGCCCCGGGAGCCCACGCCUGCACCCCCUGCCCCUGAGAGCCGGCAGGUGGCAGCUGGGGAGGACUUGUGUCUGGAGUGUGAGGUGGCCGAGGCUGAUGAGGUCAUCUGGCUGAAGGGAACAGAGCGCAUCCAGCCCAGUGGGCGCUUCCAGCUUCUCUGCCGGGGUCGGCGGCAGACGCUGUUGAUUCGGGACUUCUCAGCGGAGGACCAGGGCGAGUAUCGCUGCGCCCCUGCACGGGACCCUGUCUCUGUGGCGGCUGCUGCCUUCCAGGUGGUGCUGACCCCAGAAUCUGGGGAUGAGGUCCCCACACAGCCCAGCCUGCCCCCUGAGGCGGCCCAGGAAGGCGACCUGCAUCUCCUGUGGGAGGCCCUGGCCCGGAAGCGCCGCAUGAGCCGAGAGCCUACGCUGGACUCCAUCAGCGAGCUGCCCGAGGAGGACGGACGCCCGCAGUGCCUGCGGCAGGAGGUAGAGCAGGAGGCUCCCUACCUCUCUGAGGACUCUUCCACGGCUGACGAGCUGGCACGCACUGGCGAGGCUGACCUCUCACACACCAGCUCUGACGACGAGUCCCGUGCGGGCACUCCUUCCCUGGUUACCUACCUCAAGAAGGCUGGGAGGGCCAGUGCCUCACCACUGGCCAGCAAGGUUGAGGCCCCAGCCGCCCCUUCUGGGAAGCCACAAAAGCAGCAGGAGAAGCCAGCUUCGGUACCCCCACCACCAGGAGACCUGAGUGUUGGGGACUUGGGUGACCUAUCCGUGGACAAGGCAGCAGUGAAGAUCCAGGCUGCCUUCAAGGGUUAUAAGGUCCGGAAGGAGAUGCAGCAGCAGGAGGGGCCUGUGUUCUGCCGCACGUUUGGGGACACCGUGGCACAAGUGGGAGAUGUCCUGCAUCUGGAGUGUGUAGUGUCCAGCAAGACAGAUGUGCGUGCCCACUGGCUGAAGGACGGUGUGCAACUAACUGAUGGCCGGCACCACCACAUUGACCAGCUUGGGGAUGGCACCUGCUCUCUGCUGGUCACUAGCCUGGGCCGGGCCGAUGCUGGCCACUAUACCUGUCAGGUGAGCAACAAGUUUGGCCGUGUGGCCCACAGUGCCUAUGUGGUGGUCAGUGGGAUGGAGAGUGAGACCGAGAGCUCCUCCGGGAGUGAGCUGGAUGAUACCUUCCGCCGGGCCGCCCGGCGGCUGCACCGCCUGUUCCGCACCAAGGGCCUGGCAGAGGUUUCAGAUGAGGAGAUCUUCAGCGCUGACAAGGGCAAGGCAGAGCCCGAGGAGCCUGGGGACUGGCAGACAUACCGCGAAGAUGAACAGUCCAUCUGCAUCCGCUUCGAGACGCUUGCCGAGGCCCGCCGGGCAGCCACCUGCUUCCAGGAUAUGUUUGGCACGCUGGACAACAGAGUGGACAUCAGCCUGUCAGAGCAGGGGCUGCAUGGGGUGGAGAUGCGCAUUGGCAAGGUGGCCCCCACCCCUGCAGCGCCUCCGGAGCCAGUACUGGCCGCAGAGGCAGCCCCGGUGUUCCUGACUGAGCUACAGAAUCAGGAGGUGCUGGAUGGGUACCCCGUGAGCUUUGACUGUGUGGUGACAGGCCAGCCCAUGCCCAGUGUGCACUGGUUCAAGGACGGGAGGGUGCUGGAAGAGAAUGACCACUACGUGAUCAGUGAGGACCAGCAGGGCGGCCACCAGCUCAUCAUCACAGCUGUGGUGCCAGCAGACAUGGGUGUCUACCGCUGCCUGGCUGAGAACAGCGUGGGUGUGUCAUCUACCAAAGCGGAGCUCCGCGUGGACCUGACCAGCACCGACUACGAAACUGCUGUGGAUGCCACGGAAACCUCGUCCUAUUUCAGCGCCCAAGGCUACCUGUCCAGCUGGGAGCAGGAGGGCAUGGAGUCUACCUCAGAGGAGGGGCAGCUGCCGCAGGUCGUGGAGGACCUGAAAGACCUCCAGGUGGCCCCCGGCACGCGUCUGGCCAAGUUCCAGCUCAAGGUGAAAGGCUACCCCACGCCUCGACUGUACUGGUUCAAAGAUGGGCAGCCCCUGACUGCAUCUGCACACAUCUGCAUGAUGGACAGGAAGACACUGCACACCCUGGAGAUUGUCUCGGUCACCAGCGAGGAUGCUGGCCAGUACUCGGCCUACAUCAGCAACACCGUGGGUGCUGCUUAUUCGUCUGCUCAGCUCCUGGUCCGAGGCCCCAAUGAACCAGAAGAGAAGCCAGCAUUCGAUGUACACCAACAGCUGGUGCCACCCCGAUUCCUGGAGAAGUUCACCUCCAAGAAGGUGAAGAAGGGCUCCAGCAUCACCUUCUCAGUGAAGGUUGAAGGAGACCCGCCCCCAGCUGUGCAUUGGCUGCGGGAGGAGGCUGAGCAGGGUGUGCUGUGGAUCGGCUGCCACACGCCGGGCUACACAGUGGCCAGCUCUGCCCAGCAGCACAGCCUGGUCCUUCUGGAUGUGGACCGACAGCACCAGGGCACCUACACCUGCAUCGCCACGAACACUGCUGGCCAAGCCCUCUGUUCUGCAAGCUUGCACGUCUCUGGCCUACCUAAGGAGGCUGGGGCAGCGGAGGAGCAGGCCGGGGUGAAGGAGGCCCUCAUCUCCACCUUCCUGCAGGGGACCCAAGUUGCUUCUGAACAGAUGUCGCAACCUUCAGGUUUCACUGACCUCGCUGGGCAGAGGAAAGAGCUGCCGGCAGCAGAGGCCCGUGGCCGCCUGUCCUUGGCCGAGGUGGGCACGGAGGAGUUCCUCAAGAAGCUCACUUCGCAGGUCACAGAGACAGUGUCAGCCGGGAUCACACAGGCCACACUGCAGGUGCCUGGAGGCGACAGCGAUGAGGAGUCCAAGACGCCGUCCGCGUCCCCCCGACAUGGCCGGUCACGCCCCUCUUCCAGCGUCCAGGAAUCAUCCUCAGAGUCCGAGGAUGGAGACUGCCGGGGAGAGAUCUUUGACAUCUGUGUGGUCACGGCUGACUACCUGCCCCUGGGGGCUGAGCAGGAUGCCAUCUUGCUGCGGGAGGGCCAGUAUGUGGAGGUACUGGACUCGGCGCACCCGCUGCGCUGGCUUGUGCGUACCAAACCCACCAAGUCCAGCCUCUCUCGGCAAGGCUGGGUGUCUCCUGCCUACCUGGACAGGCGGCUCAAGCUGUCACCUGAGUGGGGGCCAGCUGAGGCCCCUGAGUUCCCCGGGGAGGCUGUAUCGCAGGAUGAAUACAAGACGAGGCUGAGCUCCAUCAUCCAGGAGCUGCUGAGCUCGGAGCAGGCCUUUGUGGGCAAGCUGCAGUUCCUGCAGAACCACCACAUGCAGUACCUGGACCACUGCCCCCACGUGCCCACGGCUGUGGCCAGCCAGAAGGCAGUCAUCUUCCGAAAUGUGCAGGACAUCAGCCACUUCCACAGCAGCUUCUCACAGGAGCUGCAUAGCUGUGACACGGAUGACGACGUGGCCAUGUGCUUCAUCAAGAACCAGGCAGCCUUUGAGAAGUAUCUGGAGUUCCUGGUGGGCCGAGUGCAGGCUGAGUCGGUGAUGGUCAGCACGGCCGUGCAGGAGUUCUACAAGAAAUACACUGAGGAGGUGCUGUCAGCCGCAGAUUCUUCGCAGCCACCCCCGCCGUCCCUGCAGCACUUCUUGGAGCAGCCGGUGGAGCGGGUCCAGCAGUACCAGGCCCUGCUCAAGGAGCUGAUCCGCAACAAGGCGCGGAAUGGACAGAACUGUGCACUGCUGGAGCAGGCCUAUGCAGUGGUGUCGGCCCUGCCGCAGCGUGCCGAGAACCAGCUGCACGUGUCGCUCAUGGAGAACUACCCAGGCACCCUGGAGGCUCUAGGCGAGCCCAUCCGCCAGGGCCACUUCAUUGUGUGGGAGGGGACACCGGGUGCGCGGAUGCCGUGGAAGGGCCACCACCGGCAUGUCUUCCUGUUCCGCCACCACCUGGUGGUCUGCAAGCCCAAGCGGGACUCGCGCACUGACACCUUCAGCUACAUCUUCCGGAACAUGAUGAAGCUGAGCAGCAUCGACCUGAACGACAAGGUGGAGGGCGAUGACCGUGCCUUCGAGGUUUGGCAUGAGCGGGAGGACUCAGUACGCAAGUACCUGCUGCAGGCGCGGACGGUCAUCAACAAGAACUCCUGGGUGAAGGAGAUCUGUGGCAUCCAGCAGCGCCUGGCCCUGCCCAUGUGGCGCCCCCCGGAUUUUGAAGAGGAGCUGGCCGACUGCACGGCUGAGCUGGGCGAGACAGUCAAACUAGCCUGCCGUGUGACGGGCACACCCAAGCCCAUUGUGAGCUGGUACAAAGAUGGGAAGCCAGUGGAGGUGGACCCUCAUCACAUCCUCAUUGAAGACCCCGAUGGCUCAUGUGCCCUCAUCCUGGACAACCUGACUGGUGUCGACUCUGGCCAGUACAUGUGCUUUGCAGCCAGUGCUGCUGGCUAUGCCAGCACCCUGGGCAAGGUCUUGGUGCAAGUCCCGCCUCGGUUUGUGAACAAGGUCCGGGCAGUGCCCUUUGUGGAAGGAGGAGAUGCCCAGAUCACCUGCACCAUCAAAGGUGUCCCACACCCUCAGAUCAGGUGGUACAAGGAUGGGGCCCUGCUGACCCCUGGGGGCAAAUACCAGACGCUGAGUGAGCCCCGCAGCGGCCUGCUGGUGUUGGAGAUCCGGGAAGCUGGCAAGGAGGACCUGGGCCUCUAUGAGUGUGAGUUGGUAAACCGGCUGGGCUCCAAACGGGGCGGCGCGGAGCUGUUCAUGCAGAGCCCGGCGCUGCAGGCCCGAGAACAGCACCACGUGGAGCAGCUCGCUGCCGUGGAAGGGAUCCUGUUCCUCAAGCCCCAAAGGGCACUGGUCAAGCUGGUUCCCAUCGGAGGGCCCCAUGGCAUCUGCUGGCACCUCUAUCCUGCCCUGUGGCAUCUUACGUCGGACAGAGCAGGGCUCAGCAUGCACCUCAGCACACCCUUUCGACUGGGCCAGGAGCCGCGCUUUGCACAGCUGCACCCCUUCAACAGCCAGUACUCACUGGAGCCCAGAGCCCACCUGGUGGCAGUCACUGAGCAGGAGACUAAAGUCCCCAAGAAAACCGUCAUCAUAGAGGAGACGAUUACCACUGUGGUGAAGAGCCCCCGUGGCCGACGCCAGUCCCCCAGCAAGUCUCCCUCCCACUCCUAUCACCCUGCCAACCUGCCCAAGCCAGGCCUGUUGGCCCCUGAGCUGCUGCCCACGCCAGGAGCCAGCCAAUCCCACAGGCCCGAGGCAGAGCCAGGCUGGAGGCCCACUGUGCCCACUCUGUACGUGACGCAGCCCGAGGCCCACAUGUCAGCCCUGCCUGGGGACACUGGGCCCCAGCCCAGAUGGGUGGAGGUCGAGGAGACCAUUGAAGUUCGGCUGAAGAAGACUGGCUCGACGGGCGCGUCUCUGGCCAGAGAGACGCCUGGCAGCUCGGAGGGGCUCCUCUCCACACUGCCUGGCAGGAUGCCUGGAGGAGGCCCCAAUACAAACAACUCCAACAACAAGCUGUUGACCCAGGAGCCCCCAGCCAUGGCCAGUGUUGGCGAGCCCCUAAUCUCCCACGUGGAAAGGGGGCCAGAGACCCCUGAGCUUUCCCUUCCCUGGGCUGCUGACGAGGAGGCACCCCUGGAGGAGACAGAGGAAAGAGGUACCUACCAGAUAGAAGAGCCCCUGAGUGCCGAUGGUCUUCAGGGCCGGGACCCCAAGAUCCUCACACACAACGGCCGUGCACUCACACUGGCUGACCUGGAGGAUUACGUGCCCCAGGAAGGGGAGACCUUUGGCUGCAGCGGCCCCAUGCCCAGUGCUUCCGAUGACCCGCCCUGCGAAAUCUCAGUGCUUCAGAGAGAGAUCAGCGAGCCCACCGUGGGGCAGCCCGUCCUGCUCAACGUGGGGCUCCCGCCAGGUUCCCGAACCUCCCCUGGCUUCUUCACACGCAUGCCCAGCUCCCGGGAGGCGUCUCCAUCAGGGUCGCAGGACCUUGGCCCCAGGGGCAUCUCCUUCUGCUUUCAGGAGGCCCGGGCUGGAGGUACCAAGUCCCGGAAGCCGUCCUUCUGCACUCAGGUUCAGCGCUCUGUGGACAGUGGCCAGAGCAGCUUCAAAACGGAGGUUUCCACUCAGACGGGGCCUCCACCUUCGGCCCUUCCUGCACCCAAUGUGUGGCUGGAGCAGGAAGAUGCUGCCAUCGCACCCCCAGGUGCCCUGGGGCAAGUGGACCAGGAGAGCACAUCCAUCCAGAGGACACUGAUGUGCCCUGAGGCUCCGGGACCCACCACAAGGGAACAUACCAGCCCCGGCCCCAGACCUGGGGGGCCACCCGAACUCCAGGAGGCCGGCCAGAAUCCCCCAGGAGUGGAGGCUGGGGAUGCAUCCAGCGAGCCCCAGAAGGUGCCACAACCUCUCUCCCACGAGGGCCUGGAGCAGAACUCUCGGGCACACGCUGAGGUCCAGGAACGCAUGGUGCCCAUCCGGAUGGAGGGCGCUGCCUGCCCCAGGGCAGGUGCAACGGAGCUCUGGGACAUCCACAGCCACGUGUUCACAGAGACCAAGCACAGGACAUAUGUGUACCAGGCCAGCGACAUGUAUGCCACAAGGCCCCCAUCCAUGCAGGUCACCAUUGAGGAUGUGCAUGCCCAGAGGGGCAGCGUGGCGCAAUUCCAGGCUGUCAUUGAGGGCAACCCGCAGCCCACGGUGACCUGGUAUAAGGACGGUGCCCAGCUGGUGGAUGGCCCCCGGCUCAGCCAGCAGCAGGAAGGAACCACAUACUCCCUGGUACUAAGGGAUGUGGCCCAGCAUGAUGCUGGUGUCUACACAUGCCUGGCCCACAACGCUGGAGGCCAGGUGCUAUGCAAGGCAGAGCUGCUGGUCCAUGGGGGCGACAGUGAGCAAAGCUCUAGGAGGAAACUGCACUCCUUCUACGAGGUCAAGGAGGAAAUUGGGAGGGGUGUGUUCGGCUUCGUGAAGCGGGUGCAGCACAAGGGCAACCAGAUGUCCUGCGCCGCCAAGUUCAUUCCCCUGCGGAGCAGGACACGUGUCCAGGCUUAUCGGGAGCGGGACAUCCUAGCAGGGCUGAGCCACCCGCUGGUCACUGCACUGCUGGACCAGUUUGAGACCCGAAAGACCCUGAUCCUCAUCCUGGAGCUGUGCUCGUCAGAGGAACUGCUGGACCGCCUGUUCAGGAAGAGUGUGGUGACAGAGGCCGAGGUCAAGGUCUACAUCCAGCAGCUGGUGGAGGGGCUGCACUACCUGCACGGCCAAGGCAUCCUCCACCUGGACAUAAAGCCCCCCAACAUCCUGAUGGUGCAUCCUGCUCAGGAAGACAUUAAAAUCUGCGAUUUUGGCUUUGCCCAAAAAAUCACCCCGGCAGAGCCACAGUACAGCAAGUACGGCUCCCCUGAGUUUGUGGCCCCUGAGAUCAUCGAGCAGACCCCUGUGAGCGAGGCCUCCGACAUCUGGGCCAUGGGGGUCAUCUCCUACCUCAGCCUGACCUGCUCGUCCCCAUUUGCUGGUGAGAGUGACCGAGCAACCCUUCUGAAUGUCCUGGAAGGGCGGGUGUCCUGGAGUAGCCCCAUGGCCACCCACCUCAGUGAGGAUGCCCAGGACUUUAUUAAGGCUGCUCUGCAGAAGGCCGUGGAGGCCCGGCCCAGUGCCGCCAAGUGCCUUGCCCACCCUUGGUUCAUGAAAUCUGUGCCUGCGGAGGAGGCCCACUUCAUCAACACCAAGCAGCUGAAGUUCCUCCUGGCCCGCAGCCGCUGGCAGCGCUCCCUGAUGAGCUACAAGUCCAUCCUGGUGAUGCGUUCCAUCCCGGAGCUGCUCCAGGGCCCGCCCGACAGCCCAUCCCUCGGGGUGGCCCGGCACCUGCGUGGUGAUGUCCGUGCCUCCUCCAGCAGCUCUUCCUCCUCCGACAACGAGCUGGCACCGUUCGCCCGGGCCAAGUCGCUGCCCCCCUCCCCGGUGACCCACUCCCCGCUGCUGCACCCCCGGGGCUUCCUGCGGCCUUCUGCCAGCCUGCCUGAGGAGGCCGAGGCCUGCCCACCCGCCUCAGCGUCGCCCCAGGGUGCACAGCCACCAGCUGCCCUGGGCUGUGUGCCCCGGCAGAGUGUCAUCCGAAGCCUGUUCUACCAGCAGGUGGGCGAGGCCCCAGAGCUAGGGGGCCUGUCCGCAGGCAGCAGACGGCACCCCGUCCGGCGGCGGCACCUUCUCAAGGGUGGGUACUUCUCGGGCGUCCUGCCCGGCCUUCGAGAGCCACUGUUGGAGCACCGUGCGCUGGAGGAGGAGGCUGCCAGGGAGGAGCAGGCCACCCUGAUGGCCGAAGCACCCUCCUCUGAGCCCGCCCUGCGGAUGCCCAGUGCAAGCACCCAGGAGGCCUCUGGCUUCAGCCGCUCCCUGGACCUUGACAGGCUGACCACAGCCAGCCCCUCUGCCAAGGCCUGCAGCAAGGGGCAGUGUUCCGCUCUGGGCCCCUCGAGCCUUCAGGGGGCCCACGGAAAGAGCAUGCCGGGAGGGGAUGCACGUGCCAGGGAGAAGGAACAUCCAGAGGGGCCCCUGCAGGGGCUGAGACCACUUCCGCCCACCGGUGGUGAUGGGUGCUCUGCUCAGCAAGAGGGGUCAUUGCAGGACAGCUGUGGAGGGCAGGCUGCCCCUUCUUUUCAACCCCAGAGGAGUCCUGCCCCCCAGGACUGUGGCACCCCUGCUGCUUUGGCACCACAAUCUCCUGGCUCCUUCCCCCCAGGGCACUGCACAGAGCCGCUCUUGACAUCCCCGAGCCCUUUCUUCUCAGGAAAGCCACAGGCCUCCCCCUCCCCAGCCCAAGCAAGCCCCCAGUCAGACUCUGAGAGAGGGCUGAAGGACACCCCUCUUGCCGGGAGGCCUGAUCCACCCAAACCCCCAGGGCCAGCCUCCCAUAUGGGCAUGGAGCCCGGCCCCUCCCUGGACACUGAAAGCCUGUCCCAGGAGACAGAGGGCCUGUCCCAGUCUUCGCCCAGCCCACAGCGGCCUCAGGAGCUGGCGACCACACGGAAGUUCUCCCUGGGAUUCCAUGGGGGCUACGCGGGGGUGGUGGGCUACGGCACUUUUGCCUUUGGUGGGGAUGCCGGUGGCAUGCUGGGUCAGGGGCCCCUGUGGGCCAGAAUGUCCUGGGCUGCCUGUCAGUCCUCGGAAGAGGAGGAGGCAGGGGCCGAGAGCCCACCACCCCAGGCCAGCACAGUGCCUCUACCUGAGGGUGGCAGGGCCCUUCCGAGGGCCUCCCAGGAGAAGAGCUCACGGGAAGACUUAAGUGGGGGCUCUCAGGUGUCGCUCGUACAGAUCCGGGACCUGUCCAGGGACCUGGAAGCGGCUGACACUGUGUCUCUGGACAUCUCGGAGGUGGAUCCUGCCUACCUCAAUCUGUCUGACCUGUACGACAUCAAAUACCUCCCAUUUGAGUUCAUGAUCUUCAAGAAGGUCCCCAAGCCUGUGGAGCCAGAGCUGCCACCCUCCCCUGAGUCUGAGGCUGAGGAGGAGCUGGCUGAGCUCCCAGAGGCCGCGUGGCCGGGCAUUCUGGGUCCGCCAGCAAGCCUGGAGAUCACAGAGGAGCCAGAGGACAUGGAGGCCCUGCUCGGGGAGGUUGCUGGUGGCAGGAAGCGCAAGUGGUCACCCCCUUCCAGCAGUCUCUUCCACUUCCCCGGGAGGCAAUCACUGCUGGAGGAGCCCACAGAGCUGGGGCUACGCCAGAGAGUGAGGGCCUCGGUGGCCCACAUCUCCCGCCUCCUGAGAGGCAGGCCUGAAGGUCUGGAGAAGGAGGGCCCCCCCAGGAAGAAGACAGGCCUAGCUUCCUUCCGCCUAUCAGGCCUGAAGAGCAGGGACCGAGCACCAUCGUUCCUAAGGGAGCUCUCGGAUGAGAUGGUGGUCCUGGGCCAAUCUGUGACUCUGGCCUGCCAGGUGUCGGCCCAGCCAGUUGUACAGGCCACCUGGAGUAAAGAUGGGGCUCUUCUUGAGAGCAGCAGCCGCCUCCUCAUCUCCUCCACGCUCAAGAACUUCCAGCUGCUGACCAUCCUGGUGGUGACCGCUGAGGACCUGGGCGUGUACACGUGCAGUGUGCGCAAUGCGCUGGGGACGGCGGCCACCACAGCCAUUCUCCGGAAGGCUGAGCGCCCCUCUUCCUCCCCACGCCCGGACAUCGGGGAGGUGUAUGCGGACGGGGUGCUGCUGGUCUGGAAGCCUGUGGAGUCAUAUGGCCCUGUGACCUAUAUUGUGCAGUGCAGCCUGGAAGGCGGCAGCUGGAGCACGCUGGCCUCGGACAUCUUUGACUGCUGCUACCUCACUGGCAAGCUUUCUCGGGGCGGGGUGUACACCUUCCGGACGGCCUGUGUCAGCAAGGCGGGCAUGGGCCCCUACAGCAGCCCCUCGGAGCAGGUCCUCCUGGGAGGGCCCAGCCACCUGGCCUCUGAAGAGGAGAGCGGUGCCUCAGGGCCAGCCCAGCCGCUCCCCAGCAUGCAGACCUUCGCCUUCCAGACGCAGAUCCGAAGGGGCCGCUUCAGCGUGGUGCGGCAGUGCCGGGAGAAGGCCAGUGGACGCGUGCUGGCUGCCAAGAUCGUGCCCUGCCACCCUGAGGACAGGAGUGCCGUGCUGCGGGAAUACGAGACCCUCAAGGGCUUGCGCCACCCCCACCUGGCACAGCUGCAGGCUGCCUACCUCAGCCCCCGACACCUGGUCCUCAUCUUGGAGCUGUGCUCUGGGCCUGAGCUGCUCCCUUGUCUGGCCGAGAGGUCCUCCUACUCGGAGUCAGAGGUGAAGGACUAUCUGUGGCAGAUGCUAAGUGCUGCCCAGUACCUGCACGCCCAGGGUAUCCUGCAUCUAGACCUCAGGUCCGAGAACAUGAUUGUCACAGAGUACAACCUGCUCAAGGUCAUCGACUUUGGAAACGCCCAGAGCUCCUCCCAGGAGAGGGUCCUGCCCUCGGAGAGGUUCAAGGACUACAUGGAGACCAUGGAGCUCCUAGAGGGCCAGGGUGCCCUCGCGCAGACCGACAUCUGGGCCAUAGGUGUCACAGCCUUCAUUAUGUUGAGCGCUGAGUACCCGGUGAACAGCGAGGGAAUGCGAGACCUGCAGAAAGGGCUGCGCAAGGGGCUCAUCCAGCUGAGCCGCUGCUACGCGGGGCUGUCCGGAGGCGCUGUGGCCUUCCUCCGAAGCACGCUGUGCGCGCACCCCUGGGGCCGCCCAUGCGCGUCCAGCUGCCUGCAGUGCCCGUGGCUGACCGAGGAGGGCCCCGCCAGCUCCCAGCCUGCAGCCGUGACCUUCCCCACCGCAAGUCUGCGCGCCUUCGUGAGAGAGCGCGAGAAGAGGCGGGCGCUGCUGUACAAAAAACACAAUCUGGCCCAGGUGCGCUGA